AUGAACCUGUACGCGACCUGGGAGGUGGAUCGCAGCUCGCCCAGCUGCGUGCCCAGGUUGUUCAGCUUGACCCUGAAGAAGCUUAUCAUGUUGAAGGAGAUGGACAAGGACCUAAACUCGGUGGUGAUCGCUGUGAAGCUGCAGGGCUCAAAGAGGAUCCUGAGAUCCAAUGAGAUUGUCCUGCCGGUCAGCGGACUUGUAGAAACAGAGCUUCAGCUGACCUUCUCGCUACAGUAUCCCCACUUCCUGAAGCGAGAUGCCAACAAACUGCAGAUCAUGCUGCAGAGAAGGAAGAGAUACAAAAACCGGACCAUCCUGGGCUACAAGACUCUGGCUGUUGGGCUCAUCAACAUGGCUGAGGUCAUGCAGCACCCCAGCGAAGGAGCUCUGGUGCUUGGACUCCACAGUAAUGUGAAGGACGUAUCUGUGCCCGUUGCUGAGAUUAAAAUCUACUCUCUGUCCAGCCAGCCAAUCGACCACGAAGGGCUCAAGUCGAAACUGUCCGAUCGGUCCCCCGACAUCGACAACUACUCGGAAGAGGAGGAGGAGAGCUUCUCCUCGGAGCAGGAGGGCAGCGACGAUCCCCUACAUGGACAGGACUUGUUUUACGAAGACGAGGAUCUCCGGAAGGUGAAGAAAACGAGGAGGAAACUGGCCUCGGCCUCGGCGAUCACUCGGCCAAACAUAAAGCAGAAGUUUGUGGCGUUACUGAAGAGGUUCAAGGUGUCGGACGAGGUUGGCUUUGGCCUGGAGCACGUCUCCAGGGAGCAGAUCCGAGAGGUGGAGGAGGACCUGGACGAGCUGUACGACAGCCUGGAGAUGUACAACCCCAGCGACAGUGGCCCAGAGAUGGAGGAGACGGAGAGCAUCCUCAGCACGCCCAAGCCCAAGCUCAAGCCUUUCUUCGAGGGAAUGUCUCAGUCCAGCUCCCAGACAGAAAUUGGAAGCCUUAACAGCAAGGGGAGCCUGGGCAAAGAUGCCACCAGCCCAAUGGACGCAGCCGUCGGGGACAAGUUGAAACCUUCGCGGAGUAAAAACCUGGAUGACAGCCUCAGCGAAAUAGACACCUUGGAAGCGAGCGAGCAGGACACGUUCGGAGACUCCAGCACCAUGUUAAUCAUCCCCGAAAAAGUCAAGACACCCAUGAAGAGCAGCAAGGGGGAGCUUCAGAGCAUGGCAUCACCCAGCAAAAUGGAAGGUGCCGCGCACACGCCCCGGCAGAAGAGAAGCACCCCGCUGAAGGAGAGACAGCUCUCCAAGCCCCUGAGCGAACGGACCAACAGCUCGGACAGCGAGAGGUCCCCGGACCUGGGCCAUAGCACACAGAUUCCUCGCAAGAUUGUCUAUGACCAGCUGAAUCAGAUCCUGGUGUCGGACACGGCCCUGCCCGAGAACAUCAUCCUGGUGAAUGCGGCCGAUUGGCAAGGCCAGUAUGUGGCCGAGCUGCUUCGGGACCAGAAGAAGCCAGUCGUGUGCACAUGCUCCACCGUGGAAGUACAGGCCGUCCUGUCCGCUGUCCUCACGAGGAUCCAGAGAUACUGCAACUGCAACUCCUCCGUGCCACGGCCCGUGAAGGUGGUGGCUGUGGGGGGGCAGAGUUACCUCAGUGCCAUCCUCCGUUUCUUUGUGAAGCAGCUGGCGAACAAGACCCCAGACUGGCUUAGCUACAUGCGGUUCCUCAUCGUCCCGCUGGGCUCCCACCCCGUAGCCAAGUACCUGGGCUCGGUGGACAGCAGGUACAGCUGCACGUUCCUGGACUCCGCCUGGAGGGAGCUGUUCGGCAGGGCCGAGCCCCCUGGGACAGAGCCGUUCGAUGUGGUGGGCCGCAUCGUGCAGUAUGUGGGCGGAGCCAGCACGACCCACCAGCUGCCUGUGGCCGAGGCCAUGCUGACAUGCAAGCAUAAGUUCCCGGACGAAGACUCCUAUCAGAAGUUCAUUCCUUUCAUUGGGGUGGUUAAAGUGGGCCUCAUCGAAGAUUCCCCUGCAGCCACAGGAGAUGGAGACGAUGCGCCCGUGGUCAGCCUGACGGUUCCCUCCACGUCCCCCCCCUCUUCCUCCGGCCUGGUGAAGGACGUCUGUGCCACCCCCCCAUCCUCGCCGUCCAUGAGCAGUGGGCUCGCUGUCGUGGGGUCCCCCAGCAGCCCCUACGGAGACGUCAUUGGCCUGCAGGUGGACUACUGGCUCGCCCAUCCCACGGAACGCCGGAAGGAGGGCGAGAAGCGAGAUGCCAGCUCCAAGAACACCCUCAAGAGUGUCUUCCGCUCGGUGCAGGUGUCGCGGCUGCCCAGCGGCGGGGAGAGCCAGCCCUCGGGGACCAUGGCCAUGACAGUCGUCACCAAAGAGAAGAACAAGAAAGUCCCCACCAUCUUUCUGAGUAAGAAACCCAAAGAAAAGGAAGUGGAUUCCAAGAGCCAGGUGAUUGAGGGCAUCAGCCGGCUAAUCUGCUCUGCCAAGCAGCAGCAAACCAUGAUGAAAGUGUCCAUCGAUGGGGUGGAGUGGAGCGACAUCAAGUUUUUCCAGCUGGCCGCGCAGUGGCCCACGCACGUCAAGCACUUCCCCGUCGGACUCUUUGGCUCGAAGCCAGCGUGA